AAAUUGGGCUGGCAUACGUGGCCGAAUUUAUCUUCGAUUUAUUCAUCUUCGUGCUCACGAUGUACAGGAUUUGCAAAACUAGAGGCUUGCAGCGGUUGUCCCUAGUCACCAGGGGAAAUAUCAUCGACAUUAUAUUUCACGAUAGUGCGAUGUUUUUCGGAGCGAUGACACUGACCAAUAUACCGAACAUCCUGACGUACUACUCCGGUUCAGUGAGCAUACAAAUCCCGCACCUUGUAUUUAGCUUGAGCGUUUCCUGAUGAUUGGACAAGGUUGGCCUCAGAGGCAGUCUUUGUACAUUUACUGGCUGGUGAGUGGUUGGUGCGAUACGCAUGGAUUGAUAUUAACUAUGACAUCCAGCAUUUCCGUCACUCUCAUCUCUCGGCUGAUGCUUAACCUACACCAGACUUUCGAUACUGGCAUUUUCUCCAUCCCCGCUCAGGACGACGGCCCAAGCCUCGCUGUCC